AUGAAUGUAUGGGCCGGAAAAGCAAUUUUGGGGCAACAAAUUAUUUCGGUGUUUGCUUUGAGGGGAGACAAUCAAGAAAAAGAUAUGGCUAAGCGUUUCUCCAAGGAGUACAAUGCCCGAACCGCAAAUCAACUUGGUGAUAUAAUUCCUGUUGUAAGCACAUUCUACGAUGAUAAGAGUUUCACUUUUAUCCUCAAGACACCUCCAGCUUCGGAAGUGGCAAAUAACAAGCAACAACUCAAAAAAGCUUUGAAAAAGCUAGAGAAAAAGGAGGAUGAGCUCAUUGAAAAAGUCAUGAGGGAGAACAAGCAAAAAGAGAACAACUUGAAGAGACAGAAGCUAGAGAAGAAAGAAAAGGGGAGGAAGGGGAAUAACACUCUAGAAGCUACCACUUCAGAUGCUGCUCCAGAUUCUACUGCCCCAAAUGCUGCUCCAGAUGACCAUAUGCUAUUGCCCCAGAGGCUACUCCAAAUGCUACUGCUUCAGAGUUACUGA